AUGACUACCCAUAACCUCAUCGUCGUCAUCGGAGCCACGGGAGGCCAAGGAGGCUCCGUCGUCGACACCUUUCUCAAUGAACCCAAUUGGCGGGUUCGAGGCAUCACCCGCAGCUCGUCAAGCCCUAAAGCAGAAGCUCUUCAAGGCCGUGGAGUCGACGUCGUCCAAGCCAACCUAGACGAUCCGGCUUCUCUCGUCCUGGCCUUUGAAGGUGCCAACGCCAUCUUUCUCGUCAGCGAUUUCUGGGCCAUCUAUAAUGAGCUGGCUGGCAAACCCAGCGCACACCCUGGGAAGCCGCUUAACGAGCAGGCCAAGGAACGGGAGACGCAGCAGCUCAACAAUGCUAUUGAUGUAGCUGCUAAACUCCCUAGCUUGAUCCGCCUGGUGAUUUCGUCGCUACCACAUGCGGCGAAACUGACUGGCGGGAAAUACAGUCACAUCUACCAUUAUGAAUCCAAGGCCGAUGCUGAGGACUAUGCGAAGGAGAAGUACCCGGAUUUGUGGUCUAAGACUAGCAUCUUCAAGGGCGGCUUCUUCUUGAGCAAUUUCACUGAUCAUCCAAUGUCUCAGCCGAUCAAGAGGGAAGAUGGCAGUGUUCAAUUCGUGUCAAACCUGAACCCCGACGCCAAAUUUCCGUUCAUCGCGCAAGACGAGGACACUGGGCCGAUUGCCAAGACUCUCAUUAACGAGGCACCGGGAAAGAGCGUCAUGGGAUGGCGGGAGUGGCUUACACUGCGUGAAGUCGUGGCUACCUUUAACGAAGUGACUGGUUACAAAGCCAAGACUGUUCAGCUUCCUAUGGGUCAGUUUGGGUUCGAUUGCCCGCCUGACUUGAAGCCUGAGCUUCUGGAGAAUUGGGCAUUCGCCAAUGAGUAUGGGCUUGAGGGCCGCAACGAUCCUGAUAUUCUUCACCCAAAGGAUCUGGACUCGCCUCCUGAGCUGGGGACUGUUGCGGAUUGGCUGAAGAAGCAGGAUUGGGCCAAGGUGCUGGGAUCUUGA